GAAGUGGAAUUUCUGAUGGUGCAUGUGAAGGGGAGGAGAGUGGGAGGAGGUGCGGGUGGGAGUCCCGCAGAAGGAGCUUUUCAAUCCCAACAUGAAUUCCACCCGCAGUCUCUGACCGACAACACACGAGCCAUAUAGGCAGACAUCACGGCGCCUCGCGCAAGCGGAUACUUUCUGAAGUCUUUCCCAUCAGCGUUUGCUUGUUUUCCACGGAUGCCCUUAACGUCUUCCUCGUGACUUCAGCAUCGCCGCGGAACGGGAUGAGGCGGUAAAUGUCGCGUUUCGCAUCGUUUCGCUCCGGUUGAAGCCGCAGGAGUAUGUGAUCAUGUUGGCGACGCGCUGCCUCCUCCUGUGGGCUGCGGUCACCGCGCGACUCGCCGUGACAGGCUGGGGCAGCAGCAUCAAGCGGGACGGAGCGGAACGGGGACGCGAACAGAACGCGUAUUUGGAGGAGCUCACGCAGCCUCAGCGGCUGCUGCAGCGGACUGACGCGGAGGAGGAGCUGCCGCACGGACACUUGGGUACUCUAGUAAAGAUUGAUGCUGAUGGAGCGCAUCCCAUUCAUUUGGCUCAGAUCUCAUUCCUGGUGACGGCUUUUGGAAUCCCAUUUGUUCUAGACCUGGAGCUCAAUCAUGAUCUUUUGUCGUCUAGCUAUGUUGAGCGCCACUUCGAUGAGGAUGGGCGACCUUUUCAAAGUCUGGGAGGAGAGCACUGUUACUAUCACGGUCAUGUGAGAGGAGUUCAGAGGUCAUGGGCAGCUCUCUCCACCUGUCACGGCCUACAAGGGAUGUUCUCAGAUGGCAACUUUUCAUAUGGCAUUGAGCCCUUGCACAACAGCAGUGAUCAGGAUGCAAAUACUCAUGUUGUAUACAGAAUGGCAGAUAUCCGACUGAGGCCACUUUCCUCAGGAAGCACCAGGAACAGCAGUGACUCUGUCAUUAACAAUGACUAUCCCGUUUCUAUGGAGACGAACGAGCCGGAGCUCACAGAUGGGCUGAGACGGGCAAAAAGACAGGUUCGGAGGGGUCCGCGCACAGUUCAGAGUGAAACAAAGUAUGUAGAGUUACUAGUGGUCAAUGAUUACGAACUGUUUGUACAGAUGCGAAGAUCGUCCCCUCAGACGAGGAACUUUGCCAAAGCUGUAGUAAACAUGGCUGAUGCAAUUUACAAGGAGCAGCUGAACACUAGAAUAGUGCUUGUUGCCAUGGAGACAUGGUCAACUCAGAACAUGGUUUCUGUUGGCGACGAUCCUUUGGUGACCCUGCGUGACUUUAUGAAAUACAGGAAGGAGAAUAUCAAAGAGAAGAGUGAUGCAGCUCACCUGCUUUCGGGACGCACAUUUCAAAGCAGAAGCAGUGGCACUGCCUACAUCGAGGGCAUCUGCACACCAACACGAGGAGGAGGAGUCAAUGAGUAUGGAAACGUGGGGCCCAUGGCUAUAACCUUGUGUCAGAGUUUAGGACAGAACCUUGGAAUGAUGUGGAAUAAAGAUCGUGCUACUGCAGGAGAUUGUAAGUGUCCAGAUCCAUGGUUAGGCUGCAUCAUGGAGGAUACCGGAUACUAUCUACCCAGAAAGUUUUCACGGUGCAGUGUAGAGGAGUACAUUCAGUUCCUCCAGCAAGGAGGAGGGAGUUGCCUCUUCAAUAAACCUAACAAGUUGUUGGAUCCUCCUGAAUGUGGCAAUGGUUUUGUGGAACAGGGAGAAGAAUGUGACUGUGGCUCCCAAGUGGAUUGCUCUCGUGCCGGGGGUGCAUGCUGUAAAAAAUGCACUUUGACCCAUGAUGCAAUGUGUAGCAAUGGACUCUGUUGUAGCCGUUGCAAGUAUGAGCAGAGAGGAGUCAUCUGCAGGGAUGCAGUGAAUGACUGUGAUGUGCCAGAGACAUGCACUGGCGAUUCGAGUAAAUGUCCACAUAAUGUCCACAAACUGGAUGGUUACAUGUGCAAUUCUGGACUGGGGCGCUGCUAUGGGGCCCGCUGUAAAACCAGGGAUGCCCAGUGUCAGGCGCUCUGGGGCCACAAUGCAGCAGAUCGCAUGUGUUAUGAGAAGCUGAACAUUGAGGGUACAGAGCGUGGCAGCUGCGGUCAGGACAACUCACACAGCUGGAUUCAGUGCAAUAAACAGGAUGUGUUGUGCGGAUUUUUAUUAUGCACUAACAUCACAGUGAAACCACGGUAUGGAGACUUAAAUGGAGAAAUCACUAGUCUCACCAUCUAUCAUCAGAACAAGUACCUGGACUGUCGUGGGGGUCAUGCAGUGUUAGAAGAUGGCACUGAUCUCGGGUACGUGGAGGACGGCACACCGUGUGGUCCUAAUAUGAUGUGCCUAGACCAUCGCUGUCUGCCAGUCACCACCUUCAACCUGUCAUCCUGUCCCGGGUCGUCCUCUUCUCACGUGUGUUCCGAUCAUGGGACAUGCAGUAAUGAGGUGAAGUGUAUCUGUGACGCAGACUACACUGGGAAGGACUGCAGCGUGUAUGACCCCAUUCCAGACCCCCAGCCUCCAGACGGUCCUGAGAAAUACAAAGGUCCGAGUGGUACAAACAUCAUCAUUGGCUCCAUAGCGGGAGCGAUACUGCUGGCAGCUAUAGUACUGGGAGGAACAGGCUGGGGUUUCAAAAAUAUCAGAAGAGGAAGGUAUGACCUUGCCCAACAAGACAUGAUGUGAUGUCACACUCCCAUGUCCACCUAGCACAUAUCGCACCAGCUGUUUUCACAUCUUUGCCUGCCUAUUUAGUUUCUCUGAGUUUUAUUUUAUUAUAAUUU